AUGACAGUAAUUGAAGCUCAUAUAGCUGAAAAUCUAUGUACGAACGUCAUACUAGGCAUGGAUUACAUUAAUUUAUAUAACUUAGGCAUUAAUGUUAAACAUCAAACUAUUUCUAUCGAGCAUGAAAAUCGUUUGCUAAUUAUGCCUAUUGAUUUAGAAAGUGAAGUACAAAUGAUUCGCGUUGUUUCGUUGAAAUCAAUAUAUAUUCCUGCUUAUUCAACUCGUUCUAUAGAAGUUACAAUACCUAUACCUUCUAUGUGUUCUGUUUUAUUACCUAACAAAGAUUUAGGUAGACUGAAUGGUAUAUUUAUUUCACAUACACUUCUUAAUUUUCGUAAUCAUCGUUCAACAGUUUCGUUCAUUAAUACAUCAGCUUCUUCGCAUGUUAUUAAGAAAGGGUUUUGUAUCGGAUAUAUUAAAUGUUCUUCACCCAUGAUUACAAAUUCUAAAUCAUCUAAUUAUCUAUGUGAAUCAUCGGACGCAACCAGUUAUACUGGUGUGUCGCCAGUUUCUCUUGAUUUACAUGAUACUAAUCGUACAUAUUGUCCUUUAAGGUCAUGCUUUUUACCAUCUAUAACGUUCCCUACAAGUCAUAGGGAUCAUACAGCUGUUUCUUCUUCUAAUCCAAUAUCAGCAAACACUUUAUCUACGCGAGCUCAUAUCGAUACAUUAGUCAAAUCUAUCGAAAAUAAAGAACAUAAAGAUAAAUUAUACUCAUUAUUAAAUCGCUUUAUUCAUAUAUUCGAUACUAGCAGGCACAGUAUUGCCAACACCACAAUUCAUCAUGUUAUAAAUACUAUUCCACACUCACCACCUGCCUGUAAGCCAUAUCCUCAACCCGAUAAGGAACAACCAAUGUACGAAUUAAUGCAAGAAUUUCUUAAAGCAGGACUAAUAUCAGAAUCACAUUCACCUUAUGCAGCUCCUGCACUACUAAUAAAAGAACCACGUACUCUAGCACAAGCGAAUAAGUUUGUAGGACCUCUUAGUUGGUAUCGAAAAUUCCUUCCAAGUUUCGCUACCAUAGCCUCUCCCAUACAUGCAGUAACGAAUUUAACUAAAGACAAACGUUAUAAAUUUAAAUGGUACGAGCCUCAAUCGAAAGCUUUUAAUAAACUAAAACAGAUGUUAAUAAGUGAACCAUUAUUCCUCCAUUACCCAGUGGACGGCAUUCCGUUAAUGCUGACUACGGACGCUAGUGGAAUCGGAAUUGGUGGAGUUCUUCAACAGGAAGUUGGGGAUGAAAUACACAAUUUGUAUUACCACUCCCAACUGAUGACUCCAUCUGAGCGCAAAUAUAGUGCAAUCGAAAAAGAGGCCUUGGCAAUCUAUAAAUGUUUUCAGCGAAUGCGUACGUUUCUGUUAGGUCGUAGCAUUAUUCUACAUACGGAUCAUUGUCCGUUAUGUCACUUUAUGGAAAAAAACGUUCGUAAUGUUAAAGUAGAACGAAUUGCACACUUAAUUCAGGAAUUUAAUAUCGAAAAGGUAAUUCAUAUAAAAGGACGAGAAAAUUGUCUUCCGGAUUUUCUCUCGCGAUACUCUAAUGAAAUGAAUGAUGAUCUUUUUGAAAUAGAGUAUGGACUAGAAAGUAAAGCUCAGUCAUCCGUAUCAAAACCACUAUUAACAUCAACGUCUACUAAGUCACCAUCAUGUAAAACUAAUGCUAAAGAAAACAUACUUGCCUCCAUGGUAUUACGUUCUCAUACUAAACAACAACAAUCUUCAUCACAUUCCAACUUGACAAAUAAAACAUUAAGUCCUGAUAAUCGAAUAAACAUACCACCAAUAAAUAAUAAUUCUUCUAAGGAUUCAGCUGAAAGAUUCAUUAUAUUACGUUUAUUUAUUAACUUUCUUGGUCGAUCAACACAUUUCUCUUUACCAUCAUGUCCUAUACUCACCACUUUAAUUCCAACUACGUUCAUCACUUUAUACCAUUUUCUUUAA